UCCACAUUCAGAGCCAUUUAGAAGGCCCCGUGCAUCUGUGGCGUUUGGAUCUUCUCACAGUCUCACCAGCCUGCAAAAUCAUGAGUCGACAGAAGAUUUAUUUGGACAAAUUGGCCCGCUUCUUUCAGAUCCGAAACAAGCUGCUCCGCCAGGCCCUGGCAGAGUGCCUUGGCACUCUCAUCCUUGUGAUGUUUGGCUGUGGUUCUGUGGCCCAAUUUUCACUCAGCAAAGGUACCCAUGGACAGUUCCUUACUGUCAACUUUGCCUUUGGCUUUGCUGCCACUCUAGGGAUCCUUGUCUGUGGCCAAGUAUCAGGUGGCCAUUUGAACCCUGCAGUGACUUUUUCACUUUGCUUGCUUGGAAGAGAUAAGUGGAGAAAGUUCCCCAUGUUCUUCCUCUUUCAGACAAUUGGAGCCUUUUUUGCUGCCGCUGUGAUUUUUGGCAUGUAUUAUGAUGCCUUGUGGGACACCGGAUGUUUCACUGUUGAUGGGGAAAAUGCCACCGCUGGAAUCUUUGCUACUUACCCAGGGAAACAUCUCACUCUUGUGAAUGGUUUCUUUGAUCAGAUUAUUGGCACAGCAGCCCUCAUAGUCUGCAUUCUGGCAAUUGUGGACCCGUACAACAACCCAAUCCCACAAGGUUUGGAGGCCUUCACAGUGGGAUUUGUGGUUCUGGUCAUUGGAUUGGCCAUGGGCUUUAACUCUGGUUACGCUGUCAAUCCUGCAAGAGACUUUGGACCACGUCUUUUUACUGCCAUGGCUGGCUGGGGAAGUGAUGUUUUCACGUUUAGAAAUGGAUGGUUUCUGGUGCCACUUUGUGCGCCAUUCCUUGGAGCCAUUAUUGGCACCAUGAUUUACCAGGUAAUGGUUGGUUUCCACAUCGAGGGAGAAUUUCGGGAUAGGCAGGAGGCGAAGGAACAGGAGGAGAAUCUACAACUCACCGUCACAACCAACUGCAAAUCUAAUUCCAACGGCAAAGAGGCUAACUGCUAAAAAUAGGCCAACAAAGGCAUGUCUAAAGAGUGUUAGAAAGAUUUUAAGUCGCUGAAAUCUACCUAUGUAAAUAUGGUAUUGUUAUAACACCGUUUUAUAAUUCCUGCCAGUUAUAUUUUGGAAAACCAUCUUCAAAAUGACUUUUCUUCACAAUAUUGUGUAGCUGUAUUAUAUUGUAGAUUUAUUUCUAUGUACAGAAUAAAUAGAGACACUAUUUCUCAAGGAAGUGAUUUUGGUCCAGAACAGACGUGUCUGUUGUACUUCCUUUUUAACAGUAUUUUACUCUUAUCUCCAAUAUUUUUUAUAGUUAUUGCCUUUCAUGUAACAUUCAUUGUAAAGUUUUUUUUUAAAACAGAUGUAUCUUUCUAUAGAAAUAUUAUGUUUUUGUUUGUUUGUUUUUGUUCAGUUCCUGAUAUAUGGUCAAUUGAGAAAUACUUUUAGCAAAAUGUUAUCAAAGUGUGUUUUGGGGUGAAAAUUGUCCAAAAAUGACAGAAAAACACAAACAGUAAAGUGUCAUAAAUGUGUUAGCUGUGUUAAUCUGCGCAGACAGACAGCGGUUUCCCUGCUACAUUCUGAGGCACACCACUUCGCCUCUUAAGCAUCUAUUUCAAGCUGUUGUUCAGAAAAAUGCAGCCCACUGAGAAAAAAAGACAUUUUUCAAAGAACCAAAGCUUUAUUAUGUGUGUGAUACAUUUUAUUUCAGUAAAGAACAGUCAGGAGGAGAAAGUGUCCAUUAAAAAAAUGCUUAUAUUUCCAAAUUGAAGUAAUCCUUAAUGCAAGGUCAUGUCAUAUUAGUGGCCUAUUAUUAUUUCUCAUUAUUUGAUCUAUUUUUAACAGUUAAGAGAGCAGUGGGAAUAGCCCACUUUAAUCCUAGGAACAUUUUCUAAAACCAACCCUUAAGCCUGAACAGAAGUUAUUCAUUUUGCUAUAAUGAUGUGCAUCUAUCUUUAUAUUGUAUGUAUCGGUGACGUUGGACUUUUAUCCAAAUGUUCCUGUUUUCUCUAAAUUAUUUUUUAAAAGUAGAUAUUUUUACAUAUUGUGUAACUGCAUUCAGGCUGGAAUGUCUCUGGUUUGUGUUUUGUGUCAAAGCUGAGAGGAAAUGACUUGACACUAAAACAAUGAAGUUCUGUUUUUAUAUUUUUUGCAUGAAAGCAGCUUGUAUUAUUAUCUUGCUAUUAAGGCUUUUUUUUCUGUUUGACAAAAUGCUUAUAUCAAUUGUUGCCUGCUGACAGAAUGCAUCUGAUAAAAUAAAUCUUUAAAAAAGAAAA